GCUACGUGGGAGCAUCUCGGCGCUGCGUAGAGGGCUGCCGGCCGACGGGCGAGGGAGCGAGGGCGAGCCGGGCGAGCCGGCCAGCGGGUGUCACCAGGGGGCUGUAGAGGUGGCUGCUUAGAAACCUGGAGCCUCCCGCCGCUUGCUAAGGAGACAGCCGCUCAAGACGAGAUGUUCCUUGCGAGCCUAGACAUUUAAAAGGUCCAGACUCCGGGUUUUGGUACUGUACGUUCCCAGGUGCGCCAGAGUGGAGGAUUCCAGCACAACUGGGAAGCCCGAGUUCCCAGCAGUUUGCUUAUCAAAAGUGGCCAAGCCAAAUAGGACCUUCUGCUUUGUGGGCUGAGACAGAGAGCCCCAUAAAGGAGUGCUGAAGUCAUCAUGCUACGGCAGCUACUCAUCACCCUGCCCAUGGAGGCCAGCACCUUGGUGAAGUUGCGCCAUCCAAAGAAGGCCAAGGAGGAGGCGCCCCUGUGGGAGGAUGUGACUAAGAUGUUUGAAGGAGAAGUUUUGCUCUCUCAGGAUGUUGAUGCGACCCAGGGAGAAAGUCUUGAGGAUGAAGUCACCUCUAGGCCCUCGACAGUGGAAUCUCAGGGACUAUUGACCUUCAAGGACGUAUCUGUGGACUUCACCCAGGAGGAGUGGGGGCAACUGGCCCCUGCUCACCGGAAUCUAUACCGGGAGGUGAUGCUGGAGAACUAUGGGAACCUGGUCUCCGUGGGAUAUCAGCUCUCCAAACCUGGUGUGAUUUCCCAGCUGGAGAAAGGAGAAGAGCCGUGGCUGAUCGAGAGAGAGAUUUCAGGAAGUCCAAGUUCAGACUUGGAGAAUAAAACAGAAACCAGGGAGUCAACCUUAAAGAAUGAUAUUUCAGGGGAAGAAUUACACCAUGGCCUAAUGAAGGAACAGUCCACGAGAGGAAACACUGUAUAUUCCACGUUGGGAAGAGUCUCCAAAUGUGAUAAGUUAGAAAGCCACCAGGAAAACCAAGGAAUGGGUGAGGGGCAAAUCCCCUUGACCCAUAAGAAAACACUCACCCAGGAGAGAGGCCGAGAAUCUAACAGAUUUGAGAAAAGUAUUAAUGUGAGCUCAAAAGUUAUUCCUGGACCAGAAGGUCCUCCAAGAAAAAAAGACCAUAAAUAUGAUAUAUCUAGAAAGAGAAGUAGAUACAAUUUAGAUUUGAUCAAUCAUUCAAGGAGUUAUACAAGAAUGAAAACUUUUGAAUGUAAUAUUUGUGAAAAAAUCUUCAAACAGCUCAUUCAUCUUACAGAACACAUGAGAAUUCAUACUGGAGAGAAACCUUUCCGAUGUAAAGAAUGUGGAAAAGCCUUUAGCCAAAGUUCAUCCCUUAUUCCACAUCAGAGAAUCCAUACUGGUGAGAAACCCUAUGAAUGUAAGGAAUGUGGGAAAACCUUCAGACAUCCAUCAUCUCUUACUCAACAUGUUAGAAUCCAUACUGGGGAGAAGCCCUAUGAAUGUGGCAUAUGUGAGAAAGCAUUCAGCCAGAGCAUUGGGCUGAUCCAGCAUCUGAGAACUCAUGUUAGAGAUAAACCUUUCACCUGCAAAGACUGUGGCAAAGCAUUUUUCCAGAUUAGACACCUUAGGCAACAUGAGAUUAUUCAUACGGGUGUGAAACCCUACAUUUGUAAUGUAUGCAGUAAAACCUUCAGCCAUAGCACGUACCUAACUCAACACCAGAGAACUCAUACUGGGGAAAGACCAUAUAAAUGUAAGGAAUGUGGGAAAGCCUUUAGCCAGAGAAUUCAUCUUUCUAUUCAUCAGAGAGUCCACACGGGAGUGAAACCUUAUGAAUGCAGUCAUUGUGGGAAAGCCUUUAGGCAUGAUUCAUCCUUUGCUAAACAUCAAAGAAUUCAUACUGGAGAAAAACCUUACGAUUGUAAUGAAUGUGGAAAAGCCUUCAGCUGUAGUUCAUCACUUAUUAGACAUUGCAAAACACACUUAAGAAAUACCUUCAGCAAUGAUAUGUGACAUAUAUUCAACAUCAAAGAAUCCUCAUGAUGGAACAAAAGCCUCUAAAUCAGAGGUCUUCUGACUUUUGGAUUUCAAGAAGCAAUGAAUUUUUUUAACGACUUGAUCCAAUGUUACAACUAUCAGUUUUGCCAUAUUAAAGAAACUACCUUUUACCAACAUUGAUUCAGAAAAGAAAGGGCAUUUUAAUAUUUUUAAAUAUAGGAGGAAGUAAUCAUUAGGAAUAACACUUAACAUUGAAUUAAGUUAGCUUUAUGAAAAUC